CCUUCUGAGGACUCAGUUGUUAUGAUGGAAGACAGUAAUCUGUCAAUGGAAUCUGUUGAAUCAGUCCCGGAGCAACGUCCGCCGUCAAUUCCUUUAGCGCCAGUGCCCGAAGAAUCUGUUAUAACUGAAAAUCCAGAAAGUACACAAUCAUCAGUUGUUGCAAGUGUCUCAUCAACGCCAAGAUCUUUAGCUAGGGUUAUCACUGCUGAUGUUACGCAUCGACAGGUUGAAGUAAAAGAUCUUAUCGAAUAUGAAUGGCCGCUCAAGUCGGGAGACAAAUAUUUUCUGCAGGUAGUAUAA